GACGUUGCUGUCAAAUGGCAACUGCCAACGCUCAAGAAGGAAACUCCUCCCUGUUGACAGCACGUUCUGUCGCCGCCUCAGCACAAUGGUCUCUUGGAUAAUCUCUAGACUUGUGGUGAUAACCCGGUGUAUGCAUAUGUAGGUCACAGGCUUAUAUUUGGCACAUUAUAUCCUGCAUACUACUCAUACAAAGCUGUCAAGUCAAAGGAUGUGAAGGAAUAUGUAAAAUGGAUGAUGUACUGGAUAAUAUUUGCCCUAUUCACCACCAUGGAAACCAUCACAGAUAUAUUUAUCUGUUGGGUUCCUUUCUAUUAUGAGCUGAAGAUUGCCUUUGUGGUAUGGUUACUGUCUCCCUACACAAAGGGGUCCAGCGUUCUAUACAGGAAGUUUGUUCAUCCAACACUUUCUUCAAAAGAAAAGGACAUUGAUGACUAUCUCUGCCAAGCAAAGGACAAAAGCUAUGAUACUCUGGUGACUUUUGGGAGGAAAGGUUUGAAUGUGGCAGCCACAGCUGCAGUACUGGCUGCGACAAAGAGCCAAGGAGUACUGUCAGAUAGACUGCGAAGUUUCAGCAUGCAGGACUUGUCCGCCUACCAGUCCGACCCAACUGAGAUGGACCCUGGAUCUGUCCACACCCAGUCUGCAGCUGGACAACAAAGGGCCAGGACGAUGAUGCGCAGCAAAUCAGAGAUUGGCUACACCAAGGGGCAAGAUUUUGACAUGACUGAAUAUGAGGUGUUGAGCUUCGAUCAGUGUGACACCAAGGAGCCACUGUCCCAUCCUAUUAUGCCCCCCGAACCCAUGACUGAACCCACACCCCCUCUGACCAUCCAGCCCUCUCUACCCUCUCCACCUCCAUCCCCUGCACCCCCAGCAACAGAGCAGACUGAGGACAAGAGGAGAGGGGGAGAAACAUCCACAAGCUCCCCACAGCUCAGGUUGAUUAAGAGGAAGGGGCCUGAGCCUCCUCCUAGACUCUUAAGGCCUCUCACAAGAUUCAGGAGUGCCCAGCUGUCUUCAAACAGAGAAGCCAUGUGAUAUUCUGUGAAUGCUGCCUAGACUGCUUUAGCUGUCAGGGGAAGAGGGUAAAUAAGGAAAUGUGGCCUAAAGCUAAAUGUAUAAAGCAGCCUUGUUUUAGAAUAAGGAAACCAAAGUGACUUGUGAAAGUCUACACACCCCUUGCACAGUAUUCACAUUUUGCUGCCUUAACAUUUUAUCAAAAAAUUCUGGGGCUCUACAAAACGUACUAAACAUUUUCAAAGUGAAAGUAAGUUAUUAUUACAAUUGUUUUUAAAAUUAGAUAAUCUACAGUAACAAAACAUAAAUACAACAACAAGUUACAUUGGUACUAUCCUAUGCAACAGCUGUUGGAUAAUAAUAAAAUAAUAAAAAAUACUAUAUAACUACAUAACAUCCCUACCCAGUUUAGGAUGGGCCAUAACCCCCCUACCCAGUUUAGGAUGGGCCAUAACCCCCCUACCCAGUUUAGGAUGGGCCAUAACCUACCCCUACCCAGUUUAGGAUGGGCUAUAACAUCCCCUACCCAGUUUAGGAUGGGCCAUAACCCUUCCCUACCCAGUUUAGGAUGGGCUAUAACAUCCCUACCCAGUUUAGGAUGGGCCAUAACACCCCUACCCAGUUUAGGAUGGGCCAUAACCUCCCCUACCCAGUUUAGGAUGGGCCAUAACACCCCUACCCAGUUUAGGAUGGGCCAUAACCCCCCUACCCAGUUUAGGAUGGGCCAUAACCCCCCCUACCCAGUUUAGGAUGGGCCAUAACCCCCCUACCCAGUUUAGGAUGGGCCAUAACACCCCCUACCCAGUUUAGGAUGGGCCAUAACAGCCCCUACCCAGUUUAGGAUGGGCCAUAACCCCCCUACCCAGUUUAGGAUGGGCCAUAACCCCCCCUACCCAGUUUAGGAUGGGCCAUAACAUCCCUACCCAGUUUAGGAUGGGCCAUAACACCCCUACCCAGUUUAGGAUGGGCCAUAACACCCCUACCCAGUUUAGGAUGGGCCAUAACACCCCUACCCAGUUUAGGAUGGGCCAUAACACCCCUACCCAGUUUAGGAUGGGCUAUAACCCCCCCUACCCAGUUUAGGAUGGGCCAUAACCCCCCCUACCCAGUUUAGGAUGGGCCAUAACAUCCCUACCCAGUUUAGGAUGGGCCAUAACACCCCUACCCAGUUUAGGAUGGGCCAUAACACCCCCUACCCAGUUUAGGAUGGGCCAUAACACCCCUACCCAGUUUAGGAUGGGCCAUAACCUCCCCUACCCAGUUUAGGAUGGGCCAUAACCUCCCCUACCCAGUUUAGGAUGGGCCAUAACCUCCCCUACCCAGUUUAGGAUGGGCCAUAACCUCCCUACCCAGUUUAGGAUGGGCCAUAACACCCCCUACCCAGUUUAGGAUGGGCCAUAACACCCCUACCCAGUUUAGGAUGGGCCAUAACACCCCCUACCCAGUUUAGGAUGGGCCAUAACACCCCCUACCCAGUUUAGGAUGGGCCAUAACACCCCUACCCAGUUUAGGAUGGGCUAUAACCCCCCCUACCCAGUUUAGGAUGGGCCAUAACCCCCCCUACCCAGUUUAGGAUGGGCCAUAACAUCCCCUACCCAGUUUAGGAUGGGCCAUAACAUCCCCUACCCAGUUUAGGAUGGGCCAUAACAACCCCUACCCAGUUUAGGAUGGGCCAUAACAACCCCUACCCAGUUUAGGAUGGGCCAUAACAUGCCCUACCCAGUUUAGGAUGGGCCAUAACAUGCCCUACCCAGUUUAGGAUGGGCCAUAACAUCCCCUACCCAGUUUAGGAUGGGCCAUAACAUCCCCUACCCAGUUUAGGAUGGGCCAUAACAACCCCUACCCAGUUUAGGAUGGGCCAUAACAACCCCUACCCAGUUUAGGAUGGGCCAUAACAUGCCCUACCCAGUUUAGGAUGGGCCAUAACAUCCCCUACCCAGUUUAGGAUGGGCCAUAACAUCCCCUACCCAGUUUAGGAUGGGCCAUAACAUCCCCUACCCAGUUUAGGAUGGGCCAUAACAUCCCCUACCCAGUUUAGGAUGGGCCAUAACAUCCCCUACCCAGUUUAGGAUGGGCUAUAACAUCCCCUACCCAGUUUAGGAUGGGCCAUAACAUCCCCUACCCAGUGAGCAUGCGAUGGCGGGGUAUCUGACUUCCACUUAAAAAUAAUAAGUGGGCGGGCCAGAAGGAACGAGAAGGCUAUGGCCUCUGCUUGGGUGUUACAGAAAAUAAGCCCUUCGGGGGCUACCCCGAAAAUAGCAACAGAGGGAUCUGGGGCAAUUUCCUUAUUGCAUAUAUAUGAGAAAGUCUCAAAGAUGGAGGACCAAAAUGGAACUAGUGUCGGGCAUGACCAGUACAUGUGAUACAGAGUGGCGGGUGGCUGAUGACAUCUAGAGCAGGUUGGGUCUAUAUCUGGAUACAAUCUGGAAAGUCUAAUCCUGCAAAAGUGUAGGCGAUUAAAUACUUGAAACUGUAGUAACCCAGGAUUGCAGAAUGCAGGUGAUAUCGGAGAACUCGCUUCCAAACUCUUCCUCCCAUGAAUGCUUUACAUGGUCAAGAGUGGGGCAUGCAAUAUUCUGAAUAAUGUCAUACAGCAUAGAAAUGUGUCCCUUUACUUAGGGAUCCAGGAUCAAACAUAAUCAAGCCAGCUGGUGGGUGGGAGGGACGGGAAAAUCUUUUUUGUAAAGUUGCGAAUCUGCAGGUACCUGAAGAAAUGUGUCUGGGGUAUACUGUGCUCUCUAACUAGAUGUUCAAAGGGGAUAAAUACACAGUCAUGGAAAAUGUCUGUUACACUCUUCAAUCCUUUCUGAAAGCAUAGCUGGAAGGCUGUGUCUAUGAAGUAGGUUGUGAAGAGUGUGUUAGAAAGCUUGUCUACAUCCAAAGUGGAUCCUAAACUGAGACCAUAUACUUAGAAAAAAGGGUUCCAAAAUGGUUAUUCGGUUGUCCCCAUAGGAUAACCCUUUUUGGUUCCAGGUAGAACCAUUUUGGGUUCCAUGUAGAACCCUCUGUGUAAAGGGUUAACUGAAGAACCCUUUUAGGUUCUAGAUAGCAGCUUUUUUCCCUAAGAGCGUAUCCAGAUGUAACUUUUCAUAAGUGUUGUUUGAGUGGUAUUAUUUGCUCAAUGAUAGGGUGGCACAGACUAAGGAGACCGGGGAUGAUGUUUGACAUGAGUGCUUUUCCAUAAAGGACCACACCAUUCCUUCCCCAUCUAAAAAUGCAGAGACCCAAAAGGUUAUCUUGUGAAUAUUGGGAGCCCAGUAGUAAUGGAGGAAAUUGGGUAGGGCAAGACCCCCCUCUCCUUUCUGUCUUUCCAAAAAUGAAAGUAGAUAUGUCUAUCCAGUUCUUUAAAAAACGAUUUUGCUAUAAAGAUAGGAAUAUUUUCAAACAUUUACAGGAAUCGUGGCAUGAUGACCGAGUUGACUCUGACAGCGAGUGAUAUGGGGAGUGUCGACCAGCGAUAGCGGUCCUGCUUAGCCUUCUCCAAGGCUGGCUUGAAAUUUUAAAUUCAACAGGUCUUUGAAUAUAGAAAUGUUUCCUAAUUAAUAAAAAAUAAAAACCUGAGUUAAUACUUGGAAGUACCACAGGCAGCUAUUACAGCUGAAUGAUUUUGAAAACAAUUCUACCAACUUUGCACAACUCUUAGGGCAACAUAUGUCCAUUGUUUAUCAGAAUUGCUCAAGCUCAGUAAAUUUGGUUAGGAAUCAUUGAUGGACAGAAACAUUCAAACGUCUCUGAUUUUCAAGAAAAUGUAUCUUCUGAGACUAGACCACUCAGGAACAGUCUCUUGGAACACCAUUCUGGUGUGUCUUUGCCAUAAACAUUUGUGGUAUUGUGGUGGAAGCAUGAUGUUAUGGGUAUGCUCGUCACCGGCAGGGACUGGAGUUUGUCAGGAUCAAAAUAACUAUGAAAGGAGCAAAGCCCAGGUAAAAGGUUAGAGGAAAACCUGCCUCAGUCUUCUGAAAACCUAACUCUUGACUGGAGUUGUAUUUUUCCAUGGGACAAUUACACACAUUGUAAUAACAAAGACACACAAGAAUGGCUUUCCAAGAGGUGUUGAGUGUCAUGAAUAGUCCAAUCUCCAUCCUGACUUAAAUAUUCAGAGACAAUAUUGCUGUCCAUCAAUGAUUCCCAAACAAAUUUACUAAGCUUGAACAAUUUUUACAAAAAUAAUGGAUAUAUGUUGCCCUAAGAGUUGUGCAUAGUUUGUCAAAUCUUAUAAAAAAUUAUUUAGAGCUGUAAUUGCUGCCAAAGUUGCUUACAGAAAGUAUUAACUCUGGGGAGUGAAGAUAUACGCAAUCAGUACAUCCUCAUACUGUACUUCUGAGUAAUUUAGAAAUGUUUCUAUAAUUUUUCCUUCACUUGGAAAAUGUGGAAUACGUUGUGUAGAUAGGAAAACAAUCACAUUUAAUCCCUUUUAGAUUACAUUUUAAGGCAGCAAAAUGUGAUGACUGUGCAAGGGGUGUGUAGACUUUCACUAGCGACUGUAGGACCUCUGGCACAUACUGUAGUGUAAAGGAGACAGAGGGUGUGUGCCAUCGAGGUAGCACACACACACGAGUGGAUUCCAAAGUGUACAGACAUUUGGAUUGAUUUGUCGGUCAUUGAAUACUUUUUUGUAUGUACUGUGUGUGUGUGUGUGUGUGAUAGUUUGAUUUAAUAUUAUGUUUAGAGACAAAUGCAUGUAUGUGUCUCUGGUCAUUUGUCAGGUGAUGUGUCAUAAAAACAGAAUGUAUAGUCACUAAAUCUUUUUGUGGCUACUUGGUCACUGUAUGAGAUGGAAUCAGUCACCAGGAGAGUAGCAGGGUGAAAUACUCUGUAAUGAAAGAUUGGUUUGUAGGUAGAUCUUUGAGCUGGCAAAUACAAUCUGUACUGACAAUUUAACAGGACACAGAAUAUUUUAAAUAAUUGUCCAGUCAGGUUAGUAUAUCUCCUCAAAUGUGGUAUUUAUUUAUGAGAGAGAAUAGCAAUUGUAGGACUUAAUAAAAAAUGCUGAUUAUUAUUAAUCUACUGGAAAUGGAACUAAAAGAGUCAAAGUAUGAGUAAGUUGUUCUAAGUUUCACUCUUUACGUUUGCUUAUAAAGCCUUAAACCAUAAAAACAAAACAUAGUAGGUCUGGUACUACAGAAACAGUAAUAUCAGUACUCUGACAAAUCAUGAGCAAUUCUAUGUGGCCAUAACGAUUACUAAUGUCAUUGACUAUGGGCCCUAUGCACUGUGUUUAGAGUUAGUGCAACAACUGUUCUAGUACCAUGAAAUGGCAACAAAAAAAGACACGUAAGAAUGAGUUUUUCCUUUUUUGGUUCACCGAUCACCAUGUUAUAGAUCAUUACCAAAAUUAUUAUUACAUGGGAUUAGUUACUACUCAAAUAAAUUAAUUGCUCUAAGGAGCAGAAAUCUUGACAAUCGACUUUUCAAUCUCGUUAUGAAUUAUCUGGCAUUGAAGUGUGUCAUUCAAUUGUUUUGUAAAUGUUUGUAUUACUCAUGUCUUAUAGGCAUCGCCAUAAAUGUUUGUAUUUUCAGGUUUAGCACACAAAACAUACUUUUGACGUGUAUAGCUAUUGUAUAACAAAAGAUAGCCAGUGGCGAGGGCUAUAUAAGUGGCCCUUCUCAGAGUCUAAAAACACUGUGCAAUACUCUGCUUUCACUGAGCAAUUGUCAACUCAUGGUUCUUAAGUCUACUUUUCUCAAUGUAGCCACAAUUGUUGACCUGUCUUUUCCCAGCCAAUGUGCCUGUUGCCUAUUUCUGAGAGGGCAUAGCAAUUCCUAUAGGCAGGUUCCUAACCUUCUGUAAAGUGUUUUUGGUGAAGUGUUUUUGCCAAACGUAGUGAGUGACAUACCGUUUGUCUAAAAUGAAUGUUUCUGCACUGUAGGUAUGUGAAUUAACUUGGCUAUUACAUAAUGCUUCACUAAAUAUUAUGCUUGGUGUUUGGGUAGCAUACAUUUUUGUUCACUGUUUUCAAUACAGUAGCUUAAAUUAGAAAUGUAAGCUUCUCCUCAGGUACGUGUUCAGUUUACACAUCAAAUUCAAACACUUUCUGGUAGAAACAUUUUGGUAUAAACUUGUUUGCACAUGGAAUAUCAGUAAGAGGUUCCUUCUAAUUGGGAUUUUGUUUUGAAGAUAUAAGUUAUUUAUGGACAGAGAUUUGACCUGUGGUAGAAUUUUAAAUCCUUGUUGCGACAUUUGUGUAGUUUGUUGGAAUGUGAUCUCCUUUUCAAAUACUAACAUAAAAAUAAAAUAAAGUGAGUCAUUGCAGCUGGUAAAGGAAAGUCAUCAUUGCAUGAUGUUUGUUAUUUAGUAAAUAUGAAAAUGAUUUACUACUGAGCAUUGUUUGGAUUAAUGUGUAGUUAUUUGCUUCAUCGAAUGCUUUGCUGAUAACAUUGAUUCUGAAGUGUCUGAAUGUUCUUUUCAUUAUUAUUUUGAAACGCUUUGUGGCAAGGUCAGGAAAGCUCUUCUCGUGGACAAAUACAUGUUUCUACAACAGAGUCAAAUAAAUUGUUUGAGGAACAUGUCUUAUCUCUAUGGAUUAAAAAGCCCACAUUCCUCUCUUCUCUCUGAUGGCCUUGGGGUAACAGGUAACUUCUGGCAGGCCAUAAUCACACAAUGCUCAAACCUUAUUGUGAAUUUCAGAAAAAAAGAUGUAAAAGACAGGAAUGAUGGUCUAAAAUUACUGUAUAUGAAAAUUGCUUUCUCUGUAUCACAGUAGGUUGGUGGCACCUUAAUUGGGGAGUACAGGCUCGUGGUAAUGUCUGGAGCAGAAUAGGUAGAAUGUAUCAAAUACGUCAAACACAUGGUUUGAUGCCAUUCCAUUCGAUCUGUUCCAGCCAUUAUUAUGAGCCGUCGUCCCCUCAGCAGCCUCCACUGCUCUGUAUCAGUAUUUCUGUUGGUGAACUGAUAACAGUCAAUAAAUGAGACAAUGUGCUGCUGUG